UUGGCAUGGGCAGGUAGAGGCAGUCAGAGACAGGCAGAGGCAGUCAGUGGUCCUGCAGGCACUAAACCAUGGGUAUCUCUGUGCUGGGCUCCAGCAGACUCCCAGGAGACAUCUCUGGGCUCCUCCAAGUGGCCUCCCUGCUCAGCCUGCUUCUGCUGCUGCUCAAGGCAGCCCAGCUCUACCUGCGCAGGUGGUGGCUCCUUAGAGCCCUCCAGCAGUUCCCGUGCCCUCCCUCCCACUGGCUCUUUGGGCAUAGCCAGGAGUUACCAAAGGACCAGGAACUUGAGACCAUUCUGAAAUGGGUCAAGGAAUUCCCAAGUGCCCGUCCUCACUGGCUAUGGGGGAGCCACGCCCGAGUCCUGCUCUAUGAUCCUGACUAUAUGAAGGUGAUUCUAGGGAGAUCAGAUCCAAAGGCUGAUGGUUCCUACAGAUUCCUGGCUCCCUGGAUUGGGUAUGGUUUGCUCCUAUUGAAUGGGCAGAAGUGGUUCCAGCACCGGCGGCUGCUGACCCCGGCCUUCCACUACGACAUCCUGAAGCCCUACGUGGGGCUCAUGGCAGACUCCGUCCAAGUGAUGCUGGACAAGUGGGAGGAGCUCGCCAGCCAGGACUCCCCUCUGGAGGUCUUUCAAACUGUCUCCUUGAUGACCCUGGACACCAUCAUGAAGUGUGCCUUCAGCCACCAGGGCAGCUUCCAGCUGGACAGGAACUCCCAGUCAUACAUCCAGGCCGUGAAGGACCUGAACAACCUGCUCUUUUCCCGUAUUCGGAAUGCCUUUUACCAGAAUGACACCGUCUACAGCCUGACCCCAUCUGGCCGCUCGAACCGGCGCGCCUGCCAGCUCGCCCAUCAGCACACAGACGGAGUGAUCCAGUGGAGGAAGGCUCGCCUGCAGGCGGACGGAGAGCUGGAGAAGGUCAGGAGGAAGAAGCACUUGGACUUCCUGGACAUCCUCCUCUUGGUCAACGUGAGUGUGUGUAGGAGAGGCCUGAGGCUUUGCUCAAAGCAGAGAGCAAAACCCAACUGUGCCCUCUCACCGCGACCUCCCCAGGUGGAGAAUGGCAGCAUCUUGUCAGACAGGGACCUCCGCGCUGAAGUGGACACGUUCAUGUUCGAGGGUCACGACACCACAGCCAGCGGCAUCUCCUGGAUCUUCUACACUCUGGCCACACACCCCGAGCAUCAGCACAGGUGCAGGGAGGAGAUCCAGAGCCUCCUGGGGGAUGGAGCCGCCAUCACCUGGGACCACCUAGACCAGAUGCCCUACACCACCAUGUGCAUCAAGGAGGCACUGAGACUCUAUCCACCGGUGCCAGGCGUUGCCCGAGAGCUCAGCAAACCCGUCACCUUCCCUGAUGGACGCUCCCUGCCCAAAGGUGUCAUAGUCUUACUUUCUAUUUAUGGCCUUCACCAUAACCCGAAGGUGUGGCCCAACCCAGAGGUGUUCGACCCUUCCCGGUUUGCACCGGGUUCUGUUCCACACAGCCACGCUUUCUUGCCCUUCUCGGGAGGAUCCAGGAACUGCAUCGGGAAACAAUUUGCCAUGAACGAGCUGAAGGUGGUCGUGGCCCUGACCCUGCUCCGCUUUGAGCUGCUGCCAGAUCCCACCAGGGUCCCCAUCCCCAUAGCACGAAUUGUGUUGAAGUCCAAGAAUGGGAUCCACCUGCGUCUCAGGAAGCUCCCCAACCCUUAUGGGGAUGAAGACAGGCUCUGAGGGCCUCCACCUGCCGUCCUGCUGUCUUGCUGUCCUGAUCCCUGCUCCUGUCCCCUGCCUGUUAGCCCACAUCCUGCUUUCUAUCUGCCACCUGCCAUCCUUCCUGCAGCUGUCUUGCCUCCUGUCCCCUCAUCUGUGUGCCCUUGUCUCUGUCACCGACUCCAGGCUCACCAA